UUGUUAAUUAAAUAUGAAAUACAAUGCAGUGUUUUAAGUUGAUAUAGCUCGUAUUGAGAAAAUAAUAUUGGAAAAUUUAUCUCUACCCGUUAUUUAUCGGUAGCAUGCUUUUAACCGCUCAGAAAACAGAACGCGGAGUAAUAACCUCACGUCAAGGUGGUCUCGUUUGAUGUUCGUUCAUCACAUUUCAUUCUGUUGUCAGUUGAUUUUGUUAUGUAGGACAGUACACAAGAAAAGUGCAUACAAGGGAGAUAUACAUACAAAUGUCGCGCUUUUAACGAUGACAACCGUGGAUCUUAAUCAGCCUACAUCGAAAUAAUUUCACACGAUGUAAGAUAAUACGAAAAUGUAAACAACACUUAACGCUGAUAUGUAACUUUUGUGUCGUCUGCUAGCAGUAUUAAAAUAUCAACUUUUCGGAUGGAGUAGUAUAAUAAACAUUAUAAAAAUGUGGUGGAUUACAGUGAUUUUGAUUCUUAUUAUGCGAUCACAUUAUGGUGAUUCCUUCACACCCUUGGACCACUACCAUUACAACAGGUGUACUCCGAUCACCAUUCCGCUAUGCCUUAAUAUGAGAUACAACAUGACCCGGAUGCCGAACUUAGUUGGACACACAAACCAGAAGGACGCAGCUAUGCAGGUUCACGAAUUUAUACCAUUAGUUCAAGUCGGCUGCUCAAGAUAUUUAAAAUUCUUCCUGUGCUCACUUUACGCGCCUAUGUGUACUGACAUGCAGCAGACGGGUGACGAGCGCGAGACCAUGGUGGUCCCCGCUUGUCGGUCCAUGUGUUUAGAAGUAAAGAGCAAAUGUGAACCCGUAUUAAACAGAUUAAAAUUCAAAUGGCCACCAGCAUUGGACUGUGGUCAGUUACCACAGAAAAGUGAUCCAAAGAAAGGGGUGUUGUGUAUGGAGGCCCCAACUGAUACAGAAGAUACCGAAGACCUUGGGACAAUUGGACACGAAAGCAAGAUAAACGACGAGUGGUUGAAAUAUUUUGAACAACUUCGAGAUAACACUAAAUAUGACCCGAUUAAUAACAAACCACACAAACCUAAUAACAAGAACAGAGCUGAUGCGUAUGUCCCGUCGCCUGUUAUCUGCCCUGACAGGUACGUGUAUGUCGAUAAGAUACAAAAAAGAAACAAUUCAUGUGCGCCCAGAUGUAAAGUGGACGUGUAUUUUAGACAAGAAGACAAACAUUUUGCCGAGAUUUGGACAAUAGUUUGGGCUUCGAUUUGUUGUCUAUCUACAACAUGUACUGCUCUCACGUUUCUUAUAGACACACAACGCUUUAAAUACCCCGAGCGUCCUAUUAUAUUUUUAUCAAUGUGCUACGCGAUUUAUUCAAUGGCUUACGUGAUCCGUGCGGUUACAGGUCCCGAAGAUAUCUCAUGCGAUCAACGGAGAGACGGAUCGGAAUUCUUAAUACAAGAAGGUCUAGAGAGCACCUGGUGUAUUAUUGUGUUCCUUAUAUUAUACUUUUUUGGAAUGGCAGGUUCACUAUGGUGGGUCAUUUUAACAAUUACCUGGUUCUUGGCAGCAGCCAGGAAAUGGGGCCAAGAGGCAAUUGAAGUUCUAAGUAGUUACUUUCAUUUAGCGGCAUGGGCUAUUCCUGCUGUUAAAACUAUAAUAAUAUUGAUAAUGAGAAGAGUAGAUGGGGACGAACUGACCGGUCUUUGCUAUGUUGGUAACCAAGACAGUAUGGCCCUAACUGGCUUUGUGCUUGUACCAUUAAUUAUAUAUUUAUUGAUAGGAACAUUUUUCCUGUUAUCUGGUUUUGUUGCUUUAUUUAGAAUUAGAAACAAUUUAAGACAUGAAGGUACAAACAUUCGAAAACUAGAGAAAUUAAUGGCAAAAAUUGGUAUAUUUUCGGUGUUAUAUACCGUACCAUCAACAUGUGUUAUUGGAUGUUUAUUUUAUGAAAAAUUGAACAUGGAAACAUGGCGACAUGUUGCCAGCAAUUUAAACUGUAGACUUACUGAAAGUGGUAUGAAAGAUUGUCAUUUAGACCGCUCUAUUCCGUCAGUAGAAGUUUUUAUGUUAAAAUAUUUCAUGUGGCUAGUGGUGGGAAUUACCAGUGGGAUGUGGAUAUGGAGUUAUAAAACUAUAGCCUCGUGGCAAAAAUUCUGUACCAACAGAUUUACUCGACGGAAGUCAAAUCUGGGGGUACAUGGACAAGUCGGUUACCAUCAAGCCCCCGUUGUGGAGGGCAACCGAGGACAUAAGCACGUGCCAAAGAACACAUCCUCUAUAACGAGCGGAGGAUCACGGAUUUAAUUUUUUGUUGUUUCGUGUAAAACUUUUUAUGUGUGUUAAUGUUAAUGCGAAUUCAUCAUAUUUGAGAAAAUCACUAAUCAUUCAUUUGCAUAUGCGUCACAAAUCACCGAACAUAACGUAUUUGUGUCACAAAUUAUCGGACGCAAAUGCGUGUGUCAUAAAACACAAACACGUGUGUUAAAUUCAUGGGACAUAAACGCAUGUGAUCCGUUGUAUUAGUAGGUUCUAAACCAUCACUCAUUUUGUGCUUUUAUAUUUUGUGUUUUUAUGAAUUUAGAAUUCAAUGAGAUUAAUGUAAAUUUGAAACAAUGUUUGUUACUAUGGUAAUUAAAGUUUUGAAAAUGUCACUGCGAGAUAAUUGAGAAACUGUUAUGAGAAUUGCUAAAAUUAAAAUAUCAAAUGUUACAA